UGCACCGUGCUCUCUUUUGUUCCCCAUUGAUGAAGCGACAACAGUAACUCGAGGAUGUGUCACCGUGCACGGUAACCCCCCCACCCCCCACCGAGCAGGCGACUGGCCCUUUAAGGGUUAUGUAGCCGGGCUGGCCGAUGUAGGACGAACCGACCGUGCGUCUGCCUGCCUGCGCUCCCGCUGCCAUCCCCAUCAUGGCCUCCACACAGCCGCCACCGACACCACCGAGGAUGAACCGACCAGCCAGCGGCCCUUCCCUUCCCGGAGCGGAGACGGACGUCAAGCCGAAGCAGAGGCACCGGUAGAGGCGAGCCGCGCCGGGGAGAGCCGCCUCACAUCCCAUGCCACCCCGGUCUCCUCCAUGCCUUCGUCUAAAGCCAAGUACAGCUAUUCGAUAAAGAGGGGUGCGAACCCGGGCGGCGGCGGCGGCGGCGGCGGCAGAAACAUGACAACGAACAGGGAUUAUUCUGUUAAUCUGUCGGUGCAGCAAGUGCUGAGCCUUUGGGUGCAGGGCACGACGCUGCAGCACUUCACAGAGAUGUGGUACUGGGUGUUCCUGUGGUGUCUCUUCUCCUCGCUCUUCGUCCACGGGGCGGUGGGGCUGCUCAUGUUGGUCAUGCUGCAGCGCCACAAGAGGGGCCGCCUCAUCACCCUGGUGCUCGUCAGCGUGGGUUUCCUGGCCUCCCUCUCCGGAGGCGUCAUCACCAGCGCGGCGGUGGCGGGGGUGUACCGCGUGGCAGGGAAGGACAUGGCACCACUGGAGGCUCUGGUGUUCGGCGUGGGCCAGACCACCCUCUCCGUCAUCAUCUCCUUCUCACGCGUCCUCGCCACUCUGUGAGGCGAAACCCCCUCGACAUGUUGAAGCACAGACGCUGAGACGAGAGCGAACGACUCGAGCCAAUCAGAGACUUUAAGGUGGCUGGGUUUGUAGAUGGAGAGGAGGCAGAAAUGCUCUGGACCUUAGGGGCUGGAUGAAGGAGAGAGCGCCCCCGGUGUCUCUGCUCUGUUACUGCCACAACCACAGAGGGAACUCAAAGCAGGCCGGUUGUCUCCGUGUCAGAGAGCAGCACCAGGCGGAGACGGUGCCAUCCUCAGCUUCUGGACUUGAAAGCCAUGUUUUCGGGUGUUUCCAGAGUUCCAUCACUUCUUUGUGCCAACAGCCUUCUCUGGGACAUCCAGAUGCCUUUAUGGCCACUGACUCUCGAAGGCUUUCUGUUGCACUUGUGGGGAAAGAAAUCCUCUUUUUUAAAAAAAAACAGCAGAGUGACGACCUGUAACGAUCAUCUGAUGAUCUCUUUUGGAGAUCAGUGUGAGAACAAAAGUUGAGCAAUGAGUGGUGUUUGAGGGAGUGACAGCCCAACAGUGUUCAUCAGCAGAAACACAGUUAUUCGUCAGUAUUAAAAUCAGCCUCACCUCCAGGUCUCACAAUGUUCAAGUUCAGAUUAUCAUGAUCAUUCCUUUUCCUUAAAUGGUUUGAAAGCUGCUCUAUCAAACUCACGAGCGAGAUGCAACUUUGAAUUUUGCACUUUGUAAAUGUUUGAAACGCUCUUUGCCGUAGGAGGUGUGGAAUCGGUAGACGAGCAGGAGAAAACCAGCAUUGGCACUUUGUUUGGUUUGAAAUAUUGAUUCAUUGUGUGCCAACGAGAACUCCGAUUGAUCCUAAGGAAUAUUUAGACUCAGUGGGAUAUAUGCUUGUUUUACUUUCUUGCUGAGAGUUAGACAAGGAGUCAAGUCUGUACGAUAGAUAUGGAACUACAACCAGGACUCAGGUAGCUAAGCCUAGCAUCAAGACUGGAAACCCAUGCGCCUUGCAUUUUUGGAAGAGCGCCAUGAACGCCUCAAGUUGAGAAAACAAGUCAGGAGGCCAGCAAUAAUCAUCCAUCCAUUCAUUUUCAUAACUGCUUAUCCUCUUGAGGGUUGUGCUGGAGCCUAUCCCAGCUGACA